UUUAUUUUAAUUUAGUAAACACGUGUAUAAACACUAGUUUCAUAUUAAAUUCCGAUAUAUUUCUUAAAUAUUAAAUAAAUUAACAUUAAAAAUGAAAAUUCGUAAAAAUCACAGAGUUAACAAGCGUUAUCGUUAUAAUGUUAAUAGAAAAACACUUAAUAAAACCAGAUCCUCAACGGGUAAAAUAAAAGAUCCCGUUUUAAAAAAGCUAUGGGAGGAAGGCAAAAGGCCAGGAACAAAUUUCAAAGAAAUGGGCUUAUCAUCGGAUCCCAAUAAAUCGGUACCCAUACCUAAUUUUAGAAAAGAUCGCCUAAAACUUACUAAACUUGCGAAUGGUUUUGUUGAAGAAGAUCUCACUGAAGAUGAUAUUAAACCUGUGGCAAUAAGAGGUCAUGUAGUUAAUGAAUUGGAAGAAAUGGCCAAACAAAAAGCAGACUCACAGUUGAGAUUGCCUAAAGGAGUUGUUAGCCAUCUGACGUACUUUUUAGAUAAACACCAACUGAACUAUAAGGCCAUGGUCACUGAUCGCCGUAAUCACGAUCAAUGGACUUGGAAACAAUUUCGCAUGAAAAUUAAACAGUUUAUGAGCAUACCUGAACAAUUCAACAAAUAUUUGGAAAAGAAAAAUCUUCCUUUGGGUGAGCAAUUACCCUGGCCUGAGUAUGAUUCGGACAGUGAGUGGUAGUAAUUGUUCAGUAGUUUGUAGGAUUUAUGUUCAAUAAAAUUUAGUUUAUUAAAAGUAUGUAAACAA